CCGCCGCCUCUCACCUUCUGUUUGCUAAGUGGCUACCACCAGGAGAAAGUGGGUGUAAUGGACACCCGCGGACGCUAAAACCGAGAGAAAUUACGCGUCUGGCUGCAGCAUCGAUCCCCCGGUGGGAAAAAAACAAAGCACAGCCAUGUUCGGCCGCUCGCGGAGCUGGGUUGGAGGACAGGGGAGGGCGAAAAACAUCCACUCCCUGGACCAUCUGAAGUAUAUGUACCACGUCCUGACCAAGAACACAACAGUGACCGACAACAAUCGAAACCUCCUCGUGGAGACCAUCCGGUCCAUCACAGAGAUCCUCAUCUGGGGCGACCAGAAUGACAGCUCUGUGUUCGACUUCUUUCUGGAGAAGAACAUGUUUGCCUUCUUCCUCAACAUCCUGCGCCAGAAAUCCGGACGCUACGUCUGCGUCCAGCUCCUCCAGACCCUCAACAUACUGUUUGAGAACAUAAGCCAUGAGACGUCUUUAUAUUACCUCUUGUCGAACAACCACGUGAACUCCAUCAUUGUCCACAAGUUUGACUUCUCAGACGAGGAGAUCAUGGCCUACUACAUCUCCUUUCUCAAGACCCUGUCACUCAAACUCAACAACCACACCGUGCACUUCUUCUACAAUGAGCACACUAAUGACUUUGCCCUGUACACCGAGGCCAUUAAGUUUUUCAACCACCCUGAAAGCAUGGUCCGCAUCGCAGUCCGCACCAUCACACUCAACGUCUACAAAGUUUCAUUGGACAACCAGCACAUGCUGCACUACAUCCGAGAUAAGACGGCGGUCCCAUAUUUCAGCAACCUGGUGUGGUUUAUUGGCAGCCAUGUCCUCGAAUUGGACAAGUGUGUGCAGACAGAUGAAGAACAUAAGAACCGGGGAAAGUUAAGUGACCUGGUAGCGGAGCACCUCGACCACCUCCACUACCUCAACGACAUCCUCAUCAUCAACUGUGAAUUUCUAAAUGAGGUGCUGACGGACCACCUCCUCAACCGUCUGUUCCUGCCCCUCUAUGUGUACUCAUUGGUCAUCCCUGAGACGUCUGAGGAGCGAAAAAUCAACCCUCAGGUGUCCUUGUACCUUCUGUCCCAAGUGUUUCUGAUCAUCCACUAUCGGCCACUGGUCGACUCCCUGGCCGACGUUAUCCUCAAUGGGGACCUGUCUGUCUUCACCCCACAGACAGACAUACACAGCACACAAAAGAGCACGGCCAUUGCAGGGGGCCUGCGUCGGUUCGCCAAGCCCUCAGAGUCUCUGGAGCGCUCCCUGGAGCUGUCCCGCCACCGUGGCCGCAAGAGAACCCAAAAGAGGCCAAACUACAAGAACCUGGGCGAGGAAGAGGAUGAGGAAAGGCCCGGCGGAGGGGGAGGAAGCGGAGGACUUGGAGGAGAGGAGACCUGGGAUGACAAUGGCAAAGGAGACAGGGAUGGAGGCCGGGAGAAGGGAAAAGGUACAGAGGGAGGAGGAGGAGGUGGGAGUUCUAAGGGAAGCAGAGCAAGUGGGGAGACAGCGGAAGAGAUAGAAAUGGUGGUGAUGGAGAAGUGUAAGGUGUCUGAGCUGACUGAGCAGAACAUCACUGAUGAGGAGAAGACGGCUGCAGCCACCCGCACAUGUGCACAGAGAAGCAGACCGUUUUUAGACAUGGUGUACAGUGCCCUUGAUUGCGGCAACGAUGACUACCACGCGCUGUUUGUCCUCUGCCUGCUUUAUGCUGUCUCACACAGCAAAGGUAUAAACCGUGAUCUUCUGGAGCGGCUGCAGCUGCCAGUUCCUGACCAGGAGAAGAGCUGCUACAGCCUGGUGCUGGCAGAGAGACUAAUCAGAGUCAUGAGCCAGGCAGCACAACCAGACGGUAAAGUGCGUCUAGCUACACUGGAGCUGAGCUGCCUUUUGUUGAAGCAGUCAGUGCUGUCUGGAAACCUCUGUAUAAUCAAAGAUGUCCAUCUGGCCUGUCUGGAGGGUGCCAGAGAAGAAAGUCUGCAUUUAUUGCGGAGGUUUUACAAGGGAGAGGAGAUCUUUCUGGACAUGUUUGAGGAUGAAUACCGAAGCAUGACGAGUAAACCUCUCAACGUGGAGUAUCUAAUGAUGGAUGCCUCGGUGCUGCUGCCACCGACGGGCACACCUUUGACUGGCAUCGACUUUGUCAAGAGACUCCCGUGUGGAGACGUGGAGAAGACUCGCAGGGCGAUCCGGGUGUUCUUCAUGCUGCGGUCGCUGUCACUUCAGCUGCAGAGAGAACCUGAGACCCAGCUGCCUCUGACCAGACCUGAAGACCUUAUCAAAACAGAUGAUGUCUUGGACCUCAACAACAGUGACCUAAUCGCCUGUAUGGUGGUCAGUAAAGAUGGCGGCCAGGCCCAGAGGUUCCUCGCUGUAGAUGUGUACCAGAUGAGUUUGGUCGAGCCAGAAACCAAACGCCUCGGAUGGGGUGUAGUCAAGUUCGCUGGACUCCUGCAGGACAUGCAGGUGUCUGGUGUUGAGGACGACAGCAGAGCGUUGAACAUAAUCAUCCAUAAGCCCAUCUCCAACCCCCACGCCAAGCCCCUGCCCAUCCUCCAGGCCAACUUCAUCUUCGCUGACCACAUCCGCUGCAUCAUCGCCAAGCAGCGGCUGGCCAAGGGUCGCAUCCAGGCCCGACGCAUGAAGAUGCAAAGGAUCGCCGCUCUGUUGGACCUGCCAGUGCAGCCCAGUGCCACCGAGGUUCUGGGUUUUGGUCAGACAGCCAACGCUUCACCCAGCGGCCUCCCUUUCCGAUUCUACGAACAGUCGAGACGGGCCCCCAACGACCCCACAGCAGCUAGAGCAGUCUUUGGCUCCGUGGAUAAAGUUCCAGGUUUUGCGGUGGCUCACUGUGCACAGCACAGUACCUCGCCCCUCUCCUCGCCCUCGCCUCCCUCCAGUGGGAGUGGCAGCACAGGGAGAUGUGACUCUGUGACUGCAAGUACUAUAUCAGCUCAAAGCCCGACAGAUGACGGCACAUUUUUGGAGCACACUCCGCCCUCCUCCUCAGGUGGAGAAGGGGAAGGGGGAGGGGGGGAAGUAACUCUACUCUCCUCUACUCCUUCAACCCCAGUCCCCGCUCCCACCCUGGCCCCGAGCCUCACCCCGGCCUCCCAGCCCAACAUCUCCCUCCUCACCGACAACAACGCUGACACACUCAGCGUGGAGUCGCUCACGCUACUGCCCCCUUCCGACUCGCCGCACCUGCACCCAUGCGCCAGCCACGUUCCCGCAAUGCACUCCCUCCAGAGACCAGAUGCCUCCAUCGCAGAGGAGGAGGAGGAUGAGGAGGAGACAGAAGGAGACAGGAAAGGAGGGCAAAGAGACGUGGAGGAGAUGCAAGAGGAGGAGGGAUCGCCGAUGGAUGCGACGGUCAAAGAGGACACCGCCACACCCACUGAGGAUGCACCAGAGGGAGGAGACGAGCCAGAAGGUGAGGACACACAUCUAGAGGCGGAGCUUUCUGCUGCAGAGCCGCUAAAAAGAGACGACUCUGUGGAGAACACAGAAGAUGCAGACUCACCUGAACUGGAUUAAAACAACACACAAACUCCUGUUCAUGCACUUAACGUCAUCUCACACACACAGAGGACAGGAGAGUGUGAUAGGGAAACUAUCCGGUGGGGGCUACAGUAUAUUUUCACGUUGCGACUUGUUGGAAUUGUGUGAUGUGGAUAAAUCAGGAGGCUUUUGAAGCCUUUGUGUUUGCACAUGAAGAAAGACUCUUUUUAUGCACAGACAGAAGACAAGUCCAGACCCUGGUCGAACUCAAGGAAGGCUCAAAGCACAUUUGGCUUUUUGUGCACUCGAGUGUGUUCAGUCGUGCGUGCGCGAGUGUUUUUAGCACGCGUGUGCCGAUGCACACAACCAGCAAAGUUUUUUACUCAUUCUGAUCGAUUGUCAGCUCAAAGACACACACACACACACACACACACACACACACACACACACACACACACACACACACACACACACACACACACACACACACACUCCCUAUUUUUGUGUCUAACAUUCACAUUUUCAGUUUUCACAACUAUUGUUUUGUGGUGGCGGUCACUACUAUGCUAAUACACACACACACACACACACACACAAUACAUACGGUCCACACUGAGUCAGCUGCACUUGCCUUUUAACCUUUGCAUGUCGCACCCAUUUGCAGUUACUGCCACCCAGAAGUGCCAGUGGGUCGGUGUGCGCGUGUUCCGCUUUCGGUUUGAUUCUCAUUCUUCCACAUGUAAAGUAACGAUCCAUUCAUUUGCCACUUCCUGAUUGGUGUCUAUUAUAGAAUAUAUAUAUAUCAAAUCAUCUCGACCAAUCAGGCAGCACUUCUCUGAGACUCUCCACAUUCAUUCGAUGUUAACCGAAGCUCUUUUAAAAGUGGUCGUCUUGUGCCCUGCUGGUAAAUAUUUGGAUAAAUUCCUGUGGGAAUGUGACAUGAGGUGUGUGAACGCUGCUUUUUACUUGUGAUUAACCAGCACAGAGUCGGUUUCCAGCAAUUCACGUAUGCAACAACAAUCGAUUAACUUUGAUCUCACUCUUGCUUUUAUUCCAACUUCCAUUUCAAAUCGCCACCUGUUUUUUUUUUUUUAACAUCCCGAAGUGCGUUCACCCGUCAGCAGCCUGAAAGAUCUGAAUGGAGCAUAGGCUGCUGAAUAAGUGGAACUGAAUAAUAUAUAAUGCGGAGAAGUAGUAAGUGAGUAUUGUUUCAGUCAUGCAUCGAUUCAUUCAUUCAUUUUAUUCAGCCUGUGGCAACACAAAUGUCCUCAAACACAAAAACGCUGAUUUACAAAGUUGUUUCAGAUUGUUUGAUGACCUAAGAAAAGUAGAUACAAAUUUUAAUUUUUUCUUAAAUUUCUUUCAGCCGCAUAGUGAUGUAGUAUAAUAUGGAUCUGUGGUGUCAUGAGGAAACUAUUUGAAGUAACAGCCGUGUCUUUGGGUCUGCACGUGUUGAAUGUACCUGCUGGUUUCCCCCCCUCAGGCGCUGACCUGAGCUCAGUUUUACUCUGCAUGUAUGUAGGGAUGGCUUUAAAUAGAUAAAUGUUAAUAACACAAGAGAAAUAGUAUGUGGUUGAUUCCCCCCCCUUGAACAAAAGUUUGGAUCCUAUUUUCAUGAGCCAUGUUUAAAUCCUGGAAUUAUCGUUCCUUCAAUCAUCUGAACAAAGCUUAACUACUGCAAUAAUCUGAAGAAGUAACCAGUGCUGGGGAGACAUGAAUGUAACAACUUAUAUCUCUCAAUCAUCAGUGUUCAACCUCUAGAUCAACUUUAAACUUUAAUUCACGACUUCAUUUGCUUAAAAUAUCUUUUCUGGGCGUGUCCUCAUCUUUUUCCAUCCUUUUACCCACGCUGCUUUUCUCCUUCUCCUUCGCUCUCCAACUCGCCCUCUUCUUUCCGGUGCCAUCGCCACACAGCUGAAGUCUUAACGCUCGAUCACUCUUGUUUUUUUAACUUUGUACAGUCAUCAACAAGUUUAUAAAUGAGAAACUCAGAGCAAUACUCUCUUUAUUUUGAGUCCGUCUCCUCGUAUUUCCAUUUGGCUUUUUGUAAAUAGCAGAAGAAUGACAGUGGUGAUAAGGCUGCGCUGACCUGCUGAAGAGGCUUAGUUUGGCACAGUUUGCAGAGCAGAUGGUUCGGAGGAACGCGCAUCGGCCGACGCGUCGCCCGUAACCACUGGCGACCGAAACGUGCCGUGAGAAGCAUCUGUAAUCGAGUCUCUGAUUGUAGUGUGUGUGUAUGCAAUUUGUUUGUAUGCUCUGUAAAUGCUUUUGGCUUUUAAACCUGUAAUUAUUGUUAAUGAACUAAAACAGAGGAAUAAAUAAAGAAUUGCAAUAAAUUAUUCUACUUAAAAAA